UGGAGAUAUUUUUGUAUGGUGUUUUUAAAUAAAUGUUCUUUACAAACACAAAGUAGUUUUAUUAGUUAGUCCAAUAAAGCAAGCGGAACAGAGACGGCUCAGUACAUUGUCGAUAGCGCUGUCUCGCUUUUACAACAGGCAGAGCAGGACGCGUUAGAAGCUCAUAGUGAUGAACUUUUUAACUUAUUCCCGGAACACAAAAACAUUUACAUUCCUCAUGAUUAAACAUGAAAUUUUUACUAAAAUCGAUUGAAUGAAAUGGAAACGAAUCAGAUUCCGUAAUUGGGUUUUACAUAUAUUAUGAGCACGUCAAUCAGUUUGUACGUACAGCCGGUAAUUACAAACUUUUUAUUCAAUUCUAGUCAAGUGAAAACCAGUAUGGUUUAGUCAGGGGAUAGUGCGUGCAGUAAUGUUGAGAAUAUUCCUUAUUUUGGCUUUAAUUAGCGUGUAAGUACAGAAGAUUUAAAUGUUGUGAAACAAUAUAUUUUUUUAAGUCCCAUAAAAUUCAUAUUCAGCCUGUACUGCCCCACGGCUGGGAAAAGGCAUCCAUCCAUAUCAUACCAGCGGUAUCGGUCAUAGAUAACUUCCUAAUAGAGGACGUGUCCCUCCCCGCAUAACCCGUCCUCGCCUCAAAACUUGGUGCACUAAACACGACAAAUUCGGUACCUAUUAGGUACCUAGUUACUUAUAAUCCUGGUAGUUUGUAAAAACAUGGAUCUUUUUUUCAGAGCAUUAGUGAAUGCGAAGUCUUCUGCUUCGUUUCCUAUCCUAACCGAGCUCCAUCAACGUGGAGAACUUGAAGGUCUCGUAAUUGACCUGCUCUAUGUAGUGCGGAAAGACUACGAGGUCAAGUGCGUCGCUAUAAUAUGUGAUGAGGUCUAUUUGAAUGUAUUUGCUGGACCCUUGUUCAAGAGGACUCCUGGUGUGCCUUUUGUUAUGACAGUUGUUGAAGACUACGAAGAUCUUUUAUCUCCGAAUUAUCACACAUUGAAAUCGUUAAAAGCGGCGAGGAAAGAAGGGUGCAAUGUUUACGUUAUUCUGCUGGCUAAUGGACUGCAAGCGUCACGGUUACUCCGAUUUGGAGAUAGGCAUCGCAUCAUCGAUACAAGAGCCAAAUUUCUCAUGCUCCAUGAUAUAAGACUAUUUCACCGCGACUUACACUACAUUUGGCGACGAGUUAUCAACAUAAUAUUCAUUAAAUAUCAUAGAAAAAAUAUAGGUGUUGCUAAAAGCAAAGCCUGGUUUGAACUAUCCACAGUACCGUUUCCGCAUCCCAUAACAACAGUUUUUGUUCCGAGACGGGUUGAUAUUUGGAAGAACGAUAAUUUCCACUAUAAGCGACCGUUAUUUGUAGACAAAACCCAUAAUUUGAACGGGAAACUGAUGAAUGUUGUUUAUUUGGACCACAUUCCUUCUGUGGUGGUUGUAAAGAAUAAUGAUUCGCAGAAAGUUGGCGGUGUGGAGGUCGAAAUUAUGCAUACCCUAGCACAGAAAAUGAAUUUCAAACCUCGACUAUACCAGGCUGGAAACUCCGACCUCCACAAGUGGGGCCAGAAGCAACCAAACGGUUCGUUCUCUGGCCUUUUAGGAGAAAUGGUGAAUGGAGGCGCUGACAUCGCUCUAGGGAACCUGCAGUACACGCCGUAUCAUUUGGAACUGACAGAUUUGAGCAUACCUUACACUUCGCAGUGCUGGACAUUCUUGACGCCUGAAGCAUUGACUGAUAACUCUUGGAAGACUUUGAUUUUGCCAUUUAAGUUGUACAUGUGGAUAGCGGUGCUUUUAGUGUUACUCAUAACUGGCACUAUUUUUUAUGGACUGGCAAGGAACCAUAAAAAUCUUCAAGACUAUAAGAAAUUUCAAAACGCUAUAUCUGGCAAGAAGCAGAUUGAUGACGACAAUGCGAAACCCGGCCUGUACCUGUUUGGAGAAAUAAUUAACAGCAUUCUGUACACUUAUGGAAUGCUCCUUGUGAUAUCUUUACCUAGACUACCGACUGGCUGGUCGAUAAGGUUGCUAACAGGCUGGUAUUGGCUCUACUGCAUACUCCUAGUUGUUUCAUACAGAGCUAGUAUGACCGCCAUAUUGGCAAACCCCGCACCGAGGGUGACUAUAGACACCCUUAGAGAAUUAGUCGACAGUAAAGUCAUUUGCGGUGGCUGGGGAACCGAAACAAAAAGGUUUUUCGAGGAAUCUCUCGACGAGUACGGACAGAAAAUCGGAAAAAAGUUCGAAACUAUCAACAAUCCUUUACGAGCGGCCGAUUACGUUGCGCGAGGAGUUUAUGCUUACUACGACAACUCCGAUUUUCUGAAAUACCUUAGAGUCAAAAGAAAGAACUCACCAGGGGUCUUAAUGGAAGAUUUCAAUAACUCUACUAACGCAAGCGAUGUGAGCAUAAAAACGGACGCAGAGAGAAGCCUGCAUAUUAUGUCUGACUGUGUUGUAAACAUACCAGUAUCAUUAGGCUUUCAUAAAAACUCUCCACUGAAACCGUUAGCCGACAUUUACAUACAGAGGGUGGUCGAAGUCGGUCUCGUGGAGAAGUGGCUGAACGACGCCAUGCAUACCAUACGAUCUUCAGAAACUAAUGAGUCAGAGGUCAAAGCCCUCAUGAACUUACAAAAAAUGUAUGGAGCUUUACUUGCCUUGGCCAUAGGAUACACUUUAAGUACCAUUUGCCUGAUUGGGGAAAAUAUUCACUGGCAUUUUGUUGUAAAAAGAGAUCCUAAAUUUGACAAAUAUGCUCUUGAUCUAUAUUACAAAAAUAAAAAAGGUUAAUUAGUUGAAAUUUAUAUA